AUGCCUCAAUUCUUGCGCAAACCUUUCUAUAAGCCACCGGCACACCAAGUCAUCCGAAAGCACUCGUUCGUUCUUUUCGGUCUUCCGCUGAUAUUAGCUGUCGUGUCGGGUUCCUUUGCCCUUAGUUAUUUAACACAGACCAGAUAUGACGUUCACGAAAAUAAAGUGAAGAAGGUUAGCAAAGAAGAACAACUUAAAAUAAACAAAGGAAGGCGAAAAGUCAAUCUUCAGGAAGAAUAUUGGAAAUUGCAAGAAAUCGGCAAGCAGGAUUGGGAAAGUAAACGUGUGGAAAGACCAGAAGGCGCAUUUAAUGUGAACUCGGAAGCUUCUAAUGACGAACUUACUCGAGCCUCUUCCGGAGAAUCGGUCGGUCCUUCUAGUGUAAACGAGGUUGAGGCAGAACAAAUUGGACUCAAUGAAAAUGCACUACUGACUGUCGUCGCUGUUGUCGCCGUCAUCAUCCUCGUGACAUUAACCGUUGCAUGGUGCGAUGCAGACGCGGAAGAGGGUGAUCAGAAAGGGGAAGGGAUCAGAACCGUUACCGAUAAAGAUGACAAUUUCAUCCAAACCAAUAUAACGAAAUUUGUAUUCUGA